AUGGCCCUUGGAAAAGAUGAUCAAGAUCACAAGAAUUGCUUGGAGGGUUAUCAUCAUGGUAGCCACUUCCUCGUGGUGUCCUACGGCAUCCAGAGCCACGUCAACCCCGCGCGCGCUCUCGUCCGUCGUCUUGCUGGGACCGGUGGCUGUGCCGCUACUCUCUCCAUCCCAGUCUCCGGCCACCGCCGCAUGUUCCCUCCAUCGGCGUCUGAUACCAAUGAGGUCAUCAGCGACGGGCUCAUCUCCUACAUCCCCUUCUCGGACGCCGUGGACGACGGGAGCUGGCCCAUGGAACAAGAGGAGAGGGCGCGACGCCACGAAGCGAACUUCAGAAGCCUCUCGUCCGUGGUCACCCGCCUCGCCGCCGCCGGCCGGCCGGUCACCUGCAUGGUGUGCACCUUAAGCAUGCCGGUGGUCGUUGAAGUGGCUCGCGAGCACAGGCUCCCGUUCGCCAUCUACUGGAUCCAGCAAGCCACCGUUCUCGCUGCCUGCUACCACUACUUCCAUGGCCACGAUGAGGUGCUCAUUGAACACGCCAACGACCCGGCGUACGAGGUGACGCUUCCAGGCCUGCGCCCUCUCAGGAUCCGGGACAUGCCGACCACCAUUGUCGCCUCAAAGACCACAAUGGACAACCCUCUGUCCGCGAUUGUCCUCCGAGCACUGCGUCUACUGUUCGAGCAGAUGGAUGAGGAGGAGAUCAAGCCGGUGGUUCUGGUGAACACGUUCGAUGCACUAGAAGGUGUGGCACUGGCAGCGCUCCAGCCAUACAUGGAUGUGUUCGCCGUUGGGAUGGCGGUUCUUGUUCCUCCUCCUGGUGCUGGUGCACUGCAACCGCAUCAGCAGCAUGAUAAAAGUGGAAGCGAAGCGGCGGCGCAGAUCCACCUGUUCGAGCACGACGUGAAACCCUACAUGGAGUGGCUGGACGCGCAGGAGGAGAGGUCCGUCGUCUACCUCUCCUUCGGGAGCUUGCUGCCGUACACCAAGAGACAGGCCGAAGAGAUCUCCCAUGGCUUGCAGAGCUACGGGAAACCCUUCCUGUGGGUGGUGCGCAAGGAGGGGAGAGCGGAGGAGGUGGAUCUCUGCGUGAGGGAGGCGAUGGCAGGCGGCAAGGCGAUGGUGGUUGAGUGGUGCGACCAGCAGCGUGUGCUGUCGCAUCCGGCGGUGGGGUGCUUCGUCAUGCACUGCGGGUGGAACUCGACGCUAGAGGCCGUGGUGCACGGCGUGCCGAUGGUGGCUGCGCCGAGCUGGUCGGACCAGCCGAUGAACGCGUGUUUGGUAGAGGAGUGGGAGGUGGGUGUUAGGGCAGAGCGUGAUGCAGAGGGUGUCCUGACAAGAGAGGAGCUUGUGAGGUGUUUGGAGCUGUUGAUGGACGGCAGUGACGACGAAAGAGCAGCACAGAUAAAGGCGAACGCGAAUAACCUCAAGGAGAGAGCACGAGAGGCGGCAGCCAAAGAUGGGCCGCUGGAAAGAAGCCUUCGGAACUUCGUUACUAAGGCCAUGCAAGAUUAUCUAGCAGACCAAUCAUGA